UGGAGUGCUGGAGUCAUCACCUUGGCUCUCCCUGAAGACUGAGCAUACCCACCCUGCCAACCACAAAUCAGGAUUCUUUUUGGGACAGACUCAUCAGCAUGAAUAGGUGGCGCCCACUCAGGCUCUUGGACCUUGCAAACCAGAGCCUGCUGCAGGAUGAGGCCUUGGCCAUUGCAGCUCUGAAUUCACUGCCCACUGAACUCUUCCCACCCCUCUUCAUGGCAGCCGCCAGAGGGAGACACAGCAAGACACUGAAGGCAAUGGUGCAGGCCUGGCCCUUCACCCGGCUCCCCCUGGGGGCUCUGAUGAAGGCUCAGCAGCCUCACCGGGACAUCUUAAAGGCUGCGCUGGACGGGCUUGACGUCCUGCUUGCCCAGAAGUUUCACCCCAGGAGAUGGAAACUGAAAGUGCUGGAUUUACGGGCAAACGCUUAUACCGACUUCUGGAACAUAUGGUCUGGAACCCUGCCCACGACCUCUAAGGGAUCAUUAGAGGAGCUAAGGGCUAAGAGGAAAAAAGUGGACAAUUCGAGGAUGGGGGAGAAGCAGUCUUUGGCCCCCAUGGAGGUGCUCAUAGACCUGUGCCUCAAGGAGACCAACAUGGAUGAAUUUCUCACCUUCCUCAUUAGAAGGGUCAGGCAGAGAGAAGGUCUGCUAGCCCUUUGCUGUAGGAAGCUGAAGAUUGUUGCAAUGCCACUCCAAAAUAUUGAGAAGAUCCUGAAAACGGUGCAGCUGGACUAUGUCCAGGAGGUGGAAGUGAACUGCACGUGGGAACUGUCCACCCUGGCCAGGUUUGCUCCUCGCCUGGGCCAGAUGGUUAAUCUGACUGGACUCCGUCUCUCUCACAUCGUCAUGUCUUCUUUCGUUUCCUGGGCAGCAGAGGACGUGGAGAAGCUAGUUUCCCAAUUCACCUCUCAGUUACUCAGCCUGCACCAGCUCCAGGAUCUCUACCUGGGCUCUGUCUUCUUCCUCGAAGGCCGCCUGGACCAGGUGCUCAGGUGCCUAAAGACCCCCUUGGAGACACUCUUCAUAACAAAUUGCUUGCUUUUGGAGUCUGAUUUGACAUACCUGUCCUUAUGCCCGAGCACCAGUCACCUAAGGCACCUAAGUUUGAGUGAUGUCAACCUGGCAGGCUUAAGUCCUGAGUUCCUCCAGGUUUUGCUAUCGAGAGCCUCAGCCACCCUCCAUCACCUGGACUUACAUGGGUGUGGGAUCACAGACUCCCAGCUCACUGCCAUCCUGCCUGCCCUGGGCGACUGCUCUCAGCUCACCACCUUCACCUUCUGUGGAAACCCAGUCUCCAUGGUUGUCCUGGAGAACCUGCUUCGGCACACCCUCCCACUGAGCAAGUUCAGAAUUGGGCUUUUUCCUGUCCCUCUGGAGUGUUACAUGGGCAUCCAAGGUCCUCUCCACCUGGGGAAUCUUCAAGGGUAUCUGACCCAACUAAGGCUGAUAAAGCAGGAGUUAGGGAGGCCCAACUCAGUCUUGUUGUUCAGUGACAGUGUCUGUAGCUAUGAUGUGAUUAUCCUCCGUUUUUGUGAUCUGAUGUAAUUAUCCUCCAUUUUGCGAUAUGUUGUAAAUCCUAACCUCUGCCUGUGUUUAUAUGGGUA